AUGUCGCGAUUGAUGCGAAUAUUUAUAAUUCAUAUAUUGUCAUGGAUGUCAUCUUGUUUAUUAGGAGAUGGAUUACCAUUCGAUCUAUUAAGUAUUAGUGGUCUUAGACAUUUUAAAGCAAAUAAUUUAACAAAUCCAGGAUGUGCACAAGCAGCUCUUGAUGAUCUAAAGAAAAAAGCAAGCAUAGCACUCAACAAUCAACAACCAUAUUCAGUUACUAAUAGUAGCAGAUCACCUCCAAACGGUAAUGAACAUGGAUAUUAUUCAUGGGCUCCUUACUUUCACGCAAACUGUAGUGGAGUACCACACAUAAAGGAUCCAAUGACUGAUUGUCCAUAUCAAAGAAUAGAUGGGAAAUACGCGACAGAUUUAAGAUUACUCACCGAUCCACGCGAUUCCGGUUCAAUGGUAAAUGACGUAUUAGCGUUAUCAAUCUACUAUUAUCUUUAUGAAGAUGAAAAAUACGCGACAAAAGCAGUUCAAUUAUUAAAUGUUUGGUUCCUGGAUCCCGACACGGCGAUGCGCCCAAAUAUCGAAUUUGGUCAAGUCGUUCGUGGACCAGGUGAAUGGGUCGGAAGAGUUGAGGGAAUUUUGGAUAUGAGAUAUUAUGUUUAUAUUCCGGCUGCUGUUGAACUAUUGACUAAUUCGACUGCUGUUGGCGGUAGUAAUUCACAAUUUACCAAGGAAAUGAAAACAUGGUUCUUUCAAUAUGGAAAUUGGUUAUUGACUAGUAAGCUUGGAACUGGUGCUAGAAAUGCUGCUAAUAAUCACGCGACUUUCUAUGUUGUUCAAUUGGCGACUUAUUUUGCUUGGACCGGUCAAGAGAAAAAAGCUAUUAUACUGAUUCAAGAAUUUCGGGACCGUCAGUUUCAAUAUCAAAUCAUUAAAAGCGGUGAACAACCUCUGGAAAGUGGAAGAACUCGAUCAUUUCAUUACCAAGCUUUCAACUUGAUAGCACUAACAUAUAUUGCGCGACUUUCAGAAAAGAUAAACGGUGCACCAAAUUUUUGGGAACAAAAAACGAAACAAGGCGCCACCAUAAAAACAGCAGUCGACUAUCUAGUGGAUCAGGGCUUUCCAAAGGACGAUCCAAUAUAUUUUAUGGUUCCAUUAUACAGCGCAAAACAACAUUAUGGCGAUUCAACAGGAAAAUACAACAAAUUCUUGUCAAAACUAUUACAAAUUGAUAUUCCUGGUGACGAGUGGUGGUUAUUUUGGAACCCAUUAGCGUUGAAUGAUGCCGGAUCAAUGCCACCAAAAGUGGGAACUAACAGAACGGAUGAUGAUGAUAUUGAGGAAGACGGUGGUGGAUAUACUCCUGCUGAUACUAACGAGACAGUUAAAUGGAGUUCUGGCGCGCUUUCUAUCACGAAUUCGUCUGUUUUGUGUAAUUAUUUUGUUUGGGGUUCAUUGUGGAUAUUGAUAUUGGGAUUUAUCCCAAGAUUAUAA